AAGCCAAACACACACACACACACACACACACACACACACAGUCACAGUCACAGGUUGCUAGCUGUGGUUAGCUUCGUUACUUCGAGGACUUGAAGCAGUCGGGCAGGGAAAGUUAAGAAAAGGCGGUGUGAGGGUUUUUUUUUUGGUUUCCACGCUGCCUUGCUCCAUGGUUCAGUCAUGAUGUGGUGUUUUUUCGGACGUUUAUCGAGUUGGCCGGCUGGAAGCAUCGGCUGACUAACAGUGUGUGUGUGUGUGUGUGUGUGUUUUCUCCUUUUCCACUGCUGGUUUUUUUUUUAUUUUAAAGGUGGACUUUGCCCUCAGGGUGUUGCAGCUCUGCCCCCAUAUUAAAUAUAUCUAAAAGAGCCUCCAUUGAUUCUUCUGUUGGAGUAUUGCAAAACUUGGCUGGAAGUUUUUUUUUUUUUGGGAGGUAAAAAAAAAAAAAAAAGUUGGGAAGUUGAGGAUUUUUCCGAGCCUGUGGAAAAAUGGAUGCGGGUAUAGAGAAGGAAUGCAGCGCCUUGGGAGGGCUCUUCCAGCUCAUCAUGAACGACAUGAAGGCCAGUUAUCCUACAUGGGAGGACUUUGUAACCAAAGGAGCCAAGCUACAAUCACAGCUCAGGACGACCAUCGUGGUGACCGGAGCCUUCCUGGAUGCUUUUCAGAAGGUGGCAGACAUGGCGACUGGGACCAGAGGUGCCACCAAGGACAUCGGCUCAGCGCUAACCAGGAUGUGUAUGAGACACCGCAGCAUCGAGUCUAAACUCAAACUGUUCACUACAGCUCUCUCAGAAAGUCUUAUUACUCCGCUGGAGUUGAAGAUGGAGGAGUGGAAAAAAGUGGCCAGUCAACUGGACAAAGAUCAUGCUAAAGAGUACAAGAAGGCCAGAGCAGACAUCAAGAAGAAAUCGUCAGACACCAUCAAACUGCAGAAGAAGGUGAAGAAAGGGAAGGACGAGGCUCGGGGCCAGCUGGACAGCGCGCUGCAGGAUGUCAACGUGCGUUACGCCGUCCUAGAGGACACAGAAAAGAGGGCCGUGUGCAGGGCGCUCAUAGAAGAAAGGGCGCGUUACUGCAGCUUCGUCGGCAUGCUGAAGCCUGUACUGGACCAUGAGAUCAACAUGCUGGGUGAGGUGACCCACCUGCAGACCAUUCUGGAAGAUCUGACCAAUCUGACAGCUGAGCCCAAUAAACUUCCACCAGCCAGCGAGCAGGUGAUUUUGGACCUGAAAGGUUCUGAUUUCAACUACACCUAUCAGACACCUCCAGCUUCUCCCAGUAAUACUCUGUCCAGGAAGAGCAGCAUCAGCAGUAACUACCAGUCUGGAUCAGUGAGACACGUUCCCUCUUUGGACUCCAUCAGCUGUGCUGUCGAUGGAGUACACAUCCAGGACGCAGUUGGCUCCACCAAUCAGCUUGCUGCUGCGGGGAGUGGAGGGGCAGAGAACGGCAUGCUGGCCCCCCCACACAACGCCUACACACACCACGGAGAGAGAGCUCGAGCCAUGUCUGCUUCUGGGAAGUCGUGCUCGGCCCGGGAUCAGCUGGCUCUGACGUUAGGUGCGUUGAAUUCAGACGGUCAGAGGAGCAGCAGGGACUCUCUGCACUGUUCCAGCGGCUACAGCACGCAGACCACCACCCCGUCCUGCUCUGAGGACACCAUACAUACACACACUGUAAAGAGAGAUCCUCCCCUCUAUGUCGACUACGAGUCUAUCUCUCUCCACGGGGACGCCGACUCCAUCUCCUUACAUCACCUCUCCCACGGCAACAACCAGUCCGACUUUGACAAGUCCUCCACCAUCCCGAGGAACUCCGACCUCAGUUUCCAGUACAGGAAGUUUGCUCAGUCCAAGCGCCCCUCCUCCACUGUCAGCCUAUUGGCCGAGCCCGAAUUGAUGGGCAGGUCGGUUCACCAGCUGCCGUCCCACACGGCAACCAUCAGGCGCAAACCGUCGUCCAAGCCGGCGUAUCGCAGGGGCACGAUCAGCGGAGGGGUUCCCAUCCCCAUCAGCACCCCACAGGUUCCCCUUAAAGCCUUCGGAGGAAAUGGCGGGAGCGAUGAGAACGUCUUCACAGCGCCCGCUGCUGUAGGAGCAGGAGGUCUAGGUUACAGUAAACUCUGCACCUCCACGCAGAGCCUCAGUGCCUUGCCUCCCUCCUCUUCCUCCCCAUACUACCAGCUGGUCCAUGGUCAGAUGCCCAUACCGGUGCCUGUACCCACUGUACCCUCCCUGCCACCGGAGGGCAGCAGUGCCAAACAGCAACAACAGAGACAGUACCAGCAACAACUACAGCAACAACAGCAAAUCAACCAACAACUGAACCAUCAGCAGCAACGCAGUCAACUACAGCAGCAGCAGCAACAUUAUCAGCAACAGUUUCAAGAACAACAGCAACUACAACAUCAGCAGCAGCAGCAACAUCAGCAGCAGUAUCAACAGCAGCAGCAGCAACUACAGCAACAGUUUCAACAGCAGCAGCAACAAUAUCAGCAGCAGCAGCAGCAACUACAGCAACAGUUUCAACAUCAACAAUCACUGCUUCAGCAACCCCAGCAACUGCAAAAUCAACAAGGUCAGUAUCAGCAGCAAGACCAGCAGCAACAACAUCUGAGCCAGCAGCAGAAACAGCUUCUGUUUCAGCAGCAGCAGCAGCCGCAGCAGCAGCAGCCGCAGCAGGCCCCGCUCCAGGCCUCUGCUUCCCAGGGAGAGCCCUCCAGUCUAGGCCACAGCACUCACUACCAGCCCCAGGCUCCUCCACCCUGCAGCCAGGACCAGAACCCGGAGCAGCUGGUCCAGGCAGAAGGAGGAGACAUGCUGACCAAAAUCAGAGGAGUAAAGCUCAAAAGGACCCUCACCAACGAUCGCUCCGCCCCUCUCCUGCCCCCUCCGACCAAUCACAAAUGAGGCUGAACGAGCGAUGGUUUUGCUAGUUUAACGCGUUCACCUGAGGGUGUCGGCACGGAGCAAAAUCACACACACAGACUUCCUGUUGAAUACAGAUUGUGGACUGAUUAUUGCUGGAACUUGACAUGUGUCUUACUUUCUUUUCUAAAGUUCUGCUUCCUUUUAAGAUGUUUAGAUUUUUGUUUUAAACGAUUUUGAGACUCGUUAUUUCCUGUUGCUGCAGCGACCAUCUUUUUGCUUUUCGUUUUGUUUUGGUUCGUGUUUGCAUUUCGAUUGUGCAUAAAGUUUUUGUCUGACACAGUCUUACCCGUAGAACUGUUGAUUGUUUUAGUUAGUGCUCACUUCCUGGUCAGAUGAUCAUUACGUGACUGGUUAAUUAGCCAGACAGGAAGCUUUUAGUGUCUCAGAUCCUCUUCAGACCUGGGUGUGUUUGAUUUGCCUGUUGUCUAGAGUCCCAGACGGGUGGGGUUUAGUAAUUAGUCCAGUAGCUCCCUCCACUGUGUCACAUGGUUGAACCAUGCUGUGUGGAGGUUUUAAUUUGCUGGCUGUGGGUCAGUGCUGGUCCAGUGUGAGUGGCAGUUCAGUCGUCUGUUCCGGGUCAUCUCAAAGAGCCGAACACCGAAACCGACGCUCAUGACUCUUGAAUAAAACGUCGACGGGGACUGUUGAUUGUAAAUAUGUUCCAACAAAAAAAAAAAAAAAAGCUUUGGGAGCACUUGGGGAGGAUGGGUGUUUUGCUUAAUGGCAUCUUGUUAAAGGUCAUUCACUUUUAUUGGAACUGAAGAUGAGUCACAGUUUUGAUUCCCUCACCUUCAAGUGGCAACAGUUUCCUCUACUGGGACGCCAAAUGGACGACUGCAGUGUGUGCAAAAGGAUUAAAAAUGUUACUGUGUGCAAA